UCCAAACCCCAAACUUCAAAACCCUAAAAUAAUUCACUCUCCAGUCUACGCUCUCUUUUGCCAAGUUUAAACGGACAAUAACAUCUCUUCUCUAUUUAAUUUUUCAUUUCUGCUCCCUCCUUACUCUCUCAGUAAAGCCCUUUAUUGGCUGAUUCUUGUUUCUGGUUUUCAAUCUCCACACCUUUCUAUGGCUAAGCUUCUACGAAACACUUCUUUGCUUAAACGUGCUCUCAUAGCGCCCCGGGACUUGCAGAGACUUAAAGGAGUAAUUUUCGGAGUUCCUUCUCAGUUUUGUAACUAUUCCUCUAAAGGUAAAAGGAAAUCCAAGUCAGAUGGAAGUGACUCCAGUGAAGUAAAUAUGUCAAAGAAAGAGCUUGCAUUACAGCAAGCUUUGGAUCAGAUUACUAGCUCAUUUGGGAAAGGAUCAAUUAUGUGGCUUGGUCGGUCUGUAUAUUCCCGACAUGUUCCAGUGGUGUCCACGGGUUCUUUUGCAUUGGAUGUAGCUCUAGGUGCUGGUGGGCUCCCAAAGGGGCGUGUUGUGGAGAUUUAUGGUCCAGAGGCUUCUGGAAAAACAACUCUUGCACUACAUGUAAUUGCUGAGGCACAAAAACAAGGAGGUAAUUGUGUUUUUAUUGAUGCUGAGCACGCUCUUGAUUCAUCAUUAGCUGAGGCUAUUGGAGUAAACACAGAAAAUUUGCUUCUUUCACAACCUGACUGUGGCGAACAAGCUCUGAGUCUUGUGGAUACCCUGAUCCGAAGUGGUUCUGUUGAUGUAGUUGUUGUUGACAGUGUAGCAGCUUUAGUGCCUAAAGGUGAACUUGAUGGUGAGAUGGGUGAUGCUCACAUGGCAAUGCAAGCUAGAUUGAUGAGUCAGGCACUUCGGAAAUUGAGCCAUUCUUUAUCAUUAUCACAAACCAUUUUAAUUUUUAUAAAUCAGGUGCGGGCAAAGCUCUCUACUUUUGGAGGCUUUGGUGGGCCCACUGAAGUUACAUGUGGUGGGAAUGCCUUGAAGUUCUAUGCUUCAGUUCGCAUAAAUAUUAAGAGAAUAGGGCUUGUCAAGAAGGGUGAAGAGACUAUUGGAAGUACAGUACAGGCAAAGAUUGUUAAGAACAAACUUGCCCCUCCAUUUAAAACUGCCCAGUUUGAACUGGAGUUUGGCAAGGGGAUAUGCCGAGAAGCAGAGAUCAUCGACUUGGCUCUAAAAUAUAAAUUUGUAACCAAGUCUGGUUCAUUCUUUGGUCUUAAUGGUCAGAGUUUUCAUGGUAAGGAUGUCUUUAAAAGGUUUCUGUCUGGGAAUGAUUCUGUGAGGGAAGAACUCAUUACGAAGCUGAAAGAGAAGCUUCUAAUUUCUGACAAUGAACCAGAUGCUGUGGCUACUGAUGGACACUCUUCCAAAGAUACAGUUACACCUGAUGGUAUCGAUGAGGAAGCAGUAGCUGCAGUUGAAGCAUAGGUGUACAAAUGUAUUAAACAUUGAUUGAAGCUUGCCUCAUUCCAUGGGCUAGGCUCAUUGUUGUACGGGAUCUGCCGCUGCCUCCUGAUUUAUUAGUUGCAUGUGGGAAUUGUGAAUUUCAGAGGUCAAUGAAGAAGAAUUUGAUCAGACAGUGAAGGCCUUGGGUUCAUAGCUGCAUGCUAUCCCACUUUCGACAAAUUUUCAGAGUCAUCUUCAUUACUAAUUGUCAAAGUCAGGAACAUUCCUUAUGCUACGUAAUAGAAAUGGAAAUUUUCAAGUUAUAGAAACAAUCUUAAUUACUUUUGUAUUUUCCUCUGUUGCGGCAUGGCCUUCCCACUGCAGCCAACCGCCCCUGGAACUUGAAUUCUUGAAUUCAAUGAAUAAUCUCCAUUGGCGAUUCUCACCA